AUGCCUGGGAAAAAAGAAAUAGAAAAUAUAAGGAAAGAAAGGGCUGCAGAAGUCAUUCAGAGGGCCUGGAAAAAAUUUCUUAAUGUUGCUGUAUUUCAACACUUUAAAAGUCUGAUUAAUUUAAGAAGACAAGGAGAACCACAUCAGAUAGUAAAAUAUAUUAAUCCUAAAGAGGCAGAACUUCUAGAUGCUGCUGCUGGCAUUCAUGUACGAUUCAGAUUAGGUGGAAUUAAAUUUCCACCUGAUAUAUACUAUAAAAUUUUUACUCACAGACAUAUUGAAGAUUUGUGUGCUAACAGCCCUAGAGAUUACACAAAUCUUCCAGCAAAACAUACAUUGCAUAAUAAAAAUGAUCAUCUUCAAGAAGAGGAUCAUAGUGGCUGGUAUCAUCGUAUAGAAAACAAUGGCUGGAGGCCUGUUUCUGAUAGAUUUUGGAUACCAGAUGAAAAAGAAGUGAUGGAAGGCAAAAAGAAAAGCGAAUUUCACUUUUCUAAACUGAAGAGAAGGCAAGAUUUGGAAAAGAAAAGAAAAAUUCGAAAAAUAGAAUGGAUGAGGCAUAUGUACUACACAGGGAGCCUCAUGGCUAGGGCUACUCAUUAUGGCACUGUAAGCUUAAUUCAAACAGCAACAAAAGGUCUAAUGAAAAGUAUUGAAGAUGGUGGGAUAGAUUCUGUGAUGGAAUGGGAAGUAGAUGAAGUACUGAAGUGGACCAAUACACUCAACUUUGAUGAGUAUAUUGCAAACUGGAAGGAAAUUGCAACAAGCAACUCUUCAGUUAACUAUAAAGGUUUCAGAUUUGAGCAAGAACAGAAAGAUACACGCAACGCUGAAGAUAGAUCAGAGGUGCACAUGGAAGCACCAUAUGAUUAUUUAUAUGGCAAUAUUUAUGAAAAACCAAAUUUUACUAGAGUAACACCUGAUUCCACUUAUAGAAUGUAAACAUAAAAUACAUUAUUUUAUUUUCUGAGGUUAUGGUCCUUCAAGCCCUGCAUUUACCAGUUACAGUUGAGAGAACUUACUCUGACUGAAGCAGCUUGUAUGUCUAUUCUCAGCAUAGAAUCUACCCCAGUUAAGAAACGAAUAUUAAACAGAAAUAACAUUAGACUGCAUACAGUAGUCAAGAAAAAUACAGAAAUCAGUUCUAGAAUGCUGAUAAACCAUAAUUGUAACAGUCAUGCAUAAGAUACUACAUUUAGGUAUAAAAAGUAAUCAGAUUGUUUUCCUCCUUUGAAGCCUUUAGGGAAAUCAUAUAAGGUCAUAUCUAAAUGGCUUUGCUUUUUCCAUUCCCUCUCCAACUUUCCCUUAUUCUUUUAUUUCUUCACUAAAUCUUAAAAAAUUCACAUAUUAAACAAUUUAUGGUAUACAGUAUAUUUCAACAUGUGUAUAUAAUAUUUACAGACCAAAUCAGGGUAAUAUUUACAUCUCUUUAUAAUUUGUUUGGAGGUUUUGGGCUUCUCUUAGUUUUUCAUAAAAUAUAUAAUAGGUUAUUGUGAGCUAUAGUUAUCCCACUGUGCUGAAGAACACUAGAAUGUCUUCACUAUCUUUAUUUUGGUACCUGUUAUUCAGUUCCCUUAAACAAUCUACUACCCACCCUUCCAACCCUCUGCUAUCUGAUACUCUAUGUUUAGACUUUUUUUUUUUUUUGCAUCCACAUGGGAACAUCUGGCAUUUGUCUUCCUGUAUCUGAAUUAUCUCACUUAAGAGACUCUAGCUCCUUCUAUUUUUCUGCAAAUGGCAGGAUUUCAUUUUUUAUGGCUGAAUAAUAUUCCAUAUGCAUAUAUGCCACAUUUUCAUUAUCCAUUCAUAUGUUGAUGGAUACCAAGGCUGAUUAAAUAUCUUGGCUCUUGUGAACAGUGCUGCAAUAAAUGUGGGAGUGCAGGCA